AUGGUAGCUCCUACUCGGAUACACUCUGACAAUCUCAAAUGGGAUCAGUCUGAAGAACUCUUCGAACAAGAUUCGGCCAGACUCCGCAAAACUUCACAGUUUGAAAAAGUCAAAGCUGUUGCAGAAACCACGUUGGGCACGUCUGUAGAGCGCGCACCACCAUUGGUGAUGGGCGGCUUCCACAUGCUCUAUCCCUUUCGACCACACGGCGGAAGUCCUUCCGCUAAGAUCUUGGUUCGUGUACCAUUCCCGAGUCAAGGCAUUUUCCAUGAAGAAAUUCUAGCAAUGGAGGUCGCGACAGCGAGAUAUAUUGCCCAACACACUCAACUUCCAAUCCCGAAGGUGUACCAGUAUGGUGUUGAUUCUAGAUCAGGCAUUGGUCCGUUCCUGAUCAUGGAAGAUCUCGGGUCCAAAGAACUCGAGACCAUGAGUAGAUCUGUCUCUACGCCGCAUUCCAACCCAGCCGUGCUCGAUCCGGAUAUGCCCGAAGGCAAGCUCAAGAGUCUCUAUCGCAAGAUGGCAGAAUGUGUGCUGCAGCUUGCGCAGCCUAGCUUUCCGUGCAUUGGAGGUCUUGUCGAGACGAACCCCGGGUCAGGAUCUCAGUUUGUAAGCGGACGGCCCAUCACUUUGAACAUGAUCAACAUGGUCCAACUGUCCAACAUACCCAAAUCCGCCUUUCCGCCUAAAGGUACCACGUACAAAACCACCAAUGAGUGGUAUGUGGUCUUGGCUGAGCAGCAAAUGGCAACACUACUUUUUCAACACAACGACAUGUUUUUGUCACGGGAUGACUGCAGGACCGAAGUACGUCGCGCGUCGGCCAAACAAGGUCGACUGUCGAGUUAUGGCUUUGCUGAAGAUAACUGGUCCGCCCGCGCCAAGAACAGUCCUGCGACACUGCCGAUGCCUGACAACUCGGGCUCGUUUCGCUUGUGGUGCGAUGACUUUCGGCCGGCUAAUAUUCUUGUCAACGAGAAUGAUGAUAUCGCCGCGGUCUUUGACUGGGAAUUCACGUUUGCCGGGCCGACGCAGUUAGUGCUGGAUCCACCCUGGUGGCUUCUCCUUGAUACGCCCGAUUCCUGGGAUAACGGGAUCGAAGACUGGGAGCAUAACUACGAGAAACACCUCCCAACAUGGUUGUCAGCCUUACAAGAGGCGGAGGAAGAAAUGAAGAAUUCAGAAACGCCCUUUCUUCUCUCAGCGUAUAUGCGGGAUAGCUGGGCUACGGGUCGUUUCUGGCUAAACUAUGCCGCGAGGAAGAGCUGGGCAUUCGAUGCGAUUUACUGGAAAUAUCUUGAUGAAAAGUUCUUUGGCCAACGUGAUCCGAACAGCGGCGUUCCCAAAAGCGAGCUGUGGAAAACUAGGAUCCAUCUUCUCAGCUCAGAAGAGCAAGCUGCCAUGGAAAACAUGGUGCAAAUCAAGAUGGAGGAGUCCAAGGAACGCAUAUUGAUGGAAUGGGAAGAUGCAGAGGCAAAAGAACGUUUAUCGUCUUUUUUGUUCGACUAG